CCGCGCCGCGCAGAUCCUGCUCAACAGCUUGUUAUUUGGGUGUUGAGCCGCGCAAGGCAGCAGCAGCAGCCCGUCAGGGAGCCAGAGCGCGCGAGCCAGAGGCAGCCCGGGCUGCCGGGGGCGGGGAAGAGGCGGAGCCGAGGCGCGAGACCACAGGCCCGUCCUCCUUCCCCACCUCCCUCCCUCCCUCCCCGCUGCCGCCGCCGCUCGCUCGCUCGCUCCGUCGUCGUCGUCGUCGUCCUUCGCCGCCUCAGCCGCCGCCGCUUCUUCCCUGCUCGGGGUCGGACGGCGGAGACGCGCCCACGUCUUACGCCGGAGGAAGGAAACGGGGCAGCCGCCGCCGCCGGAUCCUGGUCGGCGAUUUAAGAAAGCUAAGAGAGGGGGGCUGAAGAUCCUGGCUUCUUGGGAUUGCUCCUGUUUCUUGAUCAUCCUCUUGCUUCCUUUAAGUGAAUGUCUUCUCCGUGGCCUUAGAGUUUAUUUUCUUGACAGGCUGAAGAGAAAAGGAUGGAUGACAGUUACUGACGGGGGGAUGCAGAGAUGAGCAAGAGGGAGCUGAAAUAGAGAGAAGAUUUUUCUUCAACUGUGGUAAAAAGAAAACGUUUGAGCUGGAAUCCCUCAAAUAACCUUCAAAGAUGAAGGCAGCAGAUGAGCCUGCCUACCUGACAGUUGGGACUGAUGUCAGUGCCAAAUACCGGGGUGCCUUCUGCGAGGCAAAAAUUAAGACAGUAAAAAGGCUGGUGAAAGUCAAGGUGAUCUUAAAACAGGAUAAUUCAACACAGUUGGUGCAAGAUGACCAAGUGAAAGGACCUUUAAGGGUUGGUGCAACUGUUGAGACCAAGAUGUCUGAUGGAUCGUUUCAAGAGGCCACUGUCAGUAAACUGACAGAUGCAAGCUGGUAUACUGUAGUUUUUGAUGACGGUGAUGAAAGGACUUUGAGACGGACAUCGUUGUGUCUGAAGGGAGAGAGGCACUUUGCAGAAAGUGAGACACUUGACCAACUGCCACUAACAAACCCAGAGCACUUUGGAACGCCGGUGAUUGGGAAGAAAUCCAACAGAGGAAGGAGAUCCUCUCUUCCUGUUAAUGAAGAUGAAAAAGAGGAAGAAAGUAGUGAAGAGGAUGAUGAUGAUAAGAGGCGUCUUAACGAUGAAUUGCUUGGUAAAGUUGUCAGCGUGACUCCCAGCUCUGAGGAGGCUGAGUGGUAUCCAGCUUUGGUCUUAUCUCCCAGCUGCAGCGAUGACAUUGCAGUGAAAAAGGACCAGUGUUUAGUGAGAUCUUUUUCAGAUUCCAAAUUUUAUUCAGUAGCAAGAAAGGACAUUGAGGAAUUAGACAUCCUAAAUGUUACAAAAUCCGAGUUGUCUUCUAGAAAAGGGUUACAAGAGGCGAGCUCCUUCUUCAGUCUGAAAGUUAUACCUUCGAAUUGGAAGAUGGAUAUGCGGGAAAUCUUGGAAUCCUCCAGCAGUGAUGAAGAAGAUGGCGGUGAGCCUGGGAGUGAUGAAGAGGAAGACAAAAGAGAACAUAAGGAGGAAGAAGUAGUGCCUGAGGAAGAGCUUGAUCCUGAAGAGAGGGACAAUUUCCUCCAACAGCUUUACAAGUUUAUGGAAGACAGAGGAACUCCUAUCAAUAAGCCACCUGUUCUGGGCUAUAAGGAUCUUAACCUCUUCAAACUUUUCAGACUGGUAUAUCAGCAGGGUGGGUGUGACAAUAUUGAUAGUGGAGCCGUAUGGAAGCAAAUUUAUAUGGACCUUGGCAUUCCUAUUUUGAACUCCGCUGCUUCCUACAAUGUAAAAACUGCUUAUAGAAAGUAUCUUUAUGGUUUCGAAGAGUACUGCCGGUCUGCGAACAUUCAGUUUAGAACCAUCCACCACAAUGAACCAAAAAUAAUAGAAGCAGUACAGAAACCAGAAGAGCCAAUGGAGGAAAGUGUAAAAGAAGAGCCAGAGAUGUUCCCCAUAGAGGUUCGCAAUGAGGAGGAUGAAAACGAUUGCAGCAGUGAAAGUGAAAAAGAAGAAACUGAGCAGAGGUCUCCUAGGGGACGAAGGAGACUUGUUCGUGAUGUCACUGUCACUAAAAAGGAAGGCGAAGAUGAUAAAAUGCCGGACAAACUAAGAGACAGCAACAAGGAGAACAAAGAUGUAGAUGACAUGUCCAGUAAUGCAGAAAAAAGGGAAAAUGAGCUGCCACUUGGAAGCAGAAAGACCACACCAAAGCAAAAGGAAAAGAAAGCAAAAAAGGAAGAGGAAUCUGACAAGGAGUCAGAUGAAGAGGAGGACAGGAGGGAAGAACUCGAAAACCGAGGAGAAUCGGAAGGAGAGGAGGGCGACGAAGACACAGAGCCUUGCCUAACGGGAACCAAAGUGAAAGUAAAAUACGGCCGGGGCAAAACUCAGAAAAUUUACGAAGCCAGUAUUAAAAGUACAGAGAAUGAUGACGGAGAGGUUUUGUAUUUGGUGCAUUAUUAUGGCUGGAAUGUAAGAUACGAUGAAUGGGUGAAAGCUGAUAGGAUUAUUUGGCCUGUGGAGAAGGGAGGCUCAAAGAAGAAGCAAAAGAAAAAAGCAAAAAGUAAAGAAGAGAGUGAAAAAGAUGAAAAGAGAGAAGAGGAGAAGCAAAAGGUGAAACGGGGGCGCCCUCCUCUGAAAUCGACUCUUCUUUCAAACCUGUCGUGUGGUCUGCCCAAAACUCCUAAUAGCGAAAGUAAACCAGGAGCCCGAAACUCGCGUGGCAGCCUGCCGGAUUGCUCACCCUUGCCUAACGGGACUGAAGGAAUGUCUCGCAGGCAAACAAGACGUAGCUCAGGAAUGUUGGAUUCUGACAGAGGGUCAAAUGAUUCGAUUUCAUCUGACAGUGAUGCGGAUGAAGCUUCUGAAAAGAAUGCGAAUGAAGAUUUUUCUCCAGCCAAUUCUGACCCAGAAAAAGAUGAGAAACGAACAGUUGAAAAACCUGAUGAAGAAAUCCCAAAGAUCUCACUUGUGCUGAAAGAGAAUGACAGGAAUCAGAUCCACCCUUUGGAACCUUUGAAACUCGAAGUUGAAGAAAACGAACAAGUGGUUCAGAUUUUUGGAAACAAAAGUGACCAAGUAGAAGAUAUCAAGAGAGAGAUGGAAAAAUCACCUAGAGCGAAAGGACGGCGGAACAGAACAAGAGACCCCUCCCUGGAGAAUGUAAAGAGCACGCCACUAAACCAGGAAGAGGCAGCAAGCGAACAUCUCUCGGAUUCUGAAAGAUUAGACACGUCGUCCUUGGACAGUAAAGGAUUGAGCACCGCUUCUGAGAAUGAAACAGAUCCUUGUGCAAAAGAUAAGAAGCUUUCGAAAAGGAAGACGGCGGAACAGCCAUCCCCCGACAAACGGGUCCGGCUGGUGGGCGAGAUGGAAGUGCCAAAUAUCGUGUCCGAGGGGAGGACAAAUGAAUGUUCUGGGACAGAAGAAUGUAAGGACUUUGGUGCAGAUGACUCGCUCAGAAACGAGAACGAAGAAAUGCCAUCACUGGUGGCGGAAUCCGAUCAGCGUCUUCAGGGUCGGGGAGGCGAUCACUUCGAUUGUUCCGACGAAAACCGCAACCCCGCACUGAAAGACGAGGACGAUUCCAUGCCUCAGAUCGGGCCCGAAACUCUCCUCUGCCACGAAGUGGACUUGGACGACGUGGACGAAAAGGACAAGAUCGGGCCUGAAAAGUUCAUAGCAGAGAAGCCGGACUCCAACCACCCCACUUCGAACCCGCCUGCCUUACCUCCCGUGGUCCAGCCCAACUUCUCUGUGGCCUCUCCUCUCACCUUAAGUCAGGAUGAAUCACGGAGCAUCAAGAGUGAAAGUGACAUCACCAUUGAAGUGGACAGCGUGGCUGAAGAGUCUCAGGAAGGUCUCUGUGAGAGCGAGUCUGCCAAUGGGUUUGAGGCUUUCACUACUACUUCCAGCAACUGUAGCAUCGCCAUCCCAGAAAGGGAGAUCGGGGAGAGGGGUCAAAAAAGGCCUGGUGACAACAGCAGCAGCUCACUGGCCAAAAAGCAAAAGCGUACUCCAAAACGAGCAAGCACUGUAGCCAAAAAUGAGAAGAAUGGGACAGGACAAAGCAGUGAUAGCGAAGAUCUUCCUGCACUGGAUAGCUCAAGCAAAUGUACUCCAGUAAAACACAUUGGUCUCUCCAAGCCGCAGAAGCUCACUCGGUCGCCUGCUAGAGUAUUAUCCCCAAAUAUCAAAGAUGGGGAUAAGGACAAGCAGAGGGACAAGAACCAUCAAAACAUUUCUCCAAGGGUGUAUAAGUGGAGUGUCCAACUCAAUGAAUUGGACAACAUGAGCAGUGCAGAGAGGAUCUCUUUCCUACAAGAAAAACUGCAGGAAAUCAGAAAAUACUACAUGUCUCUGAAGUCUGAAGUAGCCACCAUAGACAGGAGAAGAAAACGAUUAAAAAAGAAAGACCGAGAAGGCAAGUUCAGUCUUUGUCAGACAUACAAGCUUUUGGUGUCUCACACAGGAGCUUCCAUGUCCUCUGCCUCUUCAGACACUGGAAUGAGCCCUUCGUCCUCCUCUCCUCCACAGAACGUGCUUGCUGUUGAAUGCAGGUGAUACUGGUCUCCUCUGCCUUGUGCAGCAAGUCGCUGUCAUGGACAGAAAUCCCGAAAUACCAUAGAAAGCACUCAACUGGUUUGACAUUGCCAAGUAUAUUCUGUAUACUCUUCCACUGCUGGACUGUGUCUGUCUCUUCUCCUCAUACCCCUCCCUCCAUCUUGUCAUUGUGGAUUUUUUUUAUUUUUUUAAAAAAACUUUAUUGUGGAUAUUAAUUAAGCUAAUUGGCAACUGAAGGUUUGUGGGUGCACUUGGACACGGACACCUCUGUCUUUGUGCUUAUUUUUUGGUGUUUGUUUUUUUUUUUGGUUAAAACAGAAAAGGGCACUUAAUCAAAUUUGGAAACCUGGAUAGCCAAUGAAGCAUUUGAGUGCUAUUAGGAAAUUUUUUUUUUUUUUUAAGGAGCAAGUGCACCAAACAGUCAUCAAAAUAGGUUAAUCAGAAAAUGGAAUUAUUGCUGCACUUUUUUCACCAAGCUGUAUCUUAAUCCUGAGUGAGAGUCCCUUUUCCCCCCAUUUCUUUUCUUUUUGGAGAAGCACUUGCUGUACAGACCUGCCAAAGUGUGUAUUCAGCAAUGUUCCCAAUUUUAAUGGUGUAAAUUGGACAAAAUAAAUUGUGAAAGGAAGCGUAGUUGACUGGAAACUACCGUUGUAAUGAGUCUUCCACUUUUUAUAGGAUUUUUGAGCACACGAUUAUGCAAAUAUUUUAAUGUUUAAUGUUUACAGUGGAAUCGUGAAUAGGUUUUCAGUGGACUAUCUUAUCCCUUGACAAAAGUAUUUUGUCUUUUUUUCUAUGUAAUUUCAGAGUUUUUAUUUUGUUACAAAAAGGCAAAAAAUAAAAUAUAUAACAAUGAAGUUAUUUAACAAGAUUUCUAAAGCUGAAUUUUUUUGUGUAAAAUAAGGUAUCUUGCAACUUGUUAAAUAUAUUUAUUCAGACAUUGGAUGUUGUAUUUUUAUGUAUUUUUAAAAAAAUAUUAAUAAAAUUGGGGAGAAAAAGUCUAAGUUAGGUUCACUCUUUCAAUAAAAUAUACCUGUCACUUAAAAAUCAUAUACAGGUGGCUUCAUGUACCAUACCUGUAUGUGAAGUGGUUUUGUCUGUUCAAUCUUCCACAGUGUAAAACUAUAAUCUGGCAUCUGGAUUAAACUCUAUCCUGUCUUGAAAACUUUGGCAAUCCUAGUACUUCUGUUGCUUUUGAGGAACAAAUCUUUGGUUGCCCUUACAAUGCUUUUGUCACACUUUCUUAUUUGCUGUACUGUUGAAAUCAGUUUUCUAUCUGCCAAAGUUGAUGAGCAUAAUUGAGAAGAGUUAAAAUGACUGUUUCGGCUGUGGAUUGUCCCACAGACUGAAAACAGUUUGUAAAUAACUUUCCCAAAAUCAUGUAUUUAAGACAGUUUGCAUAUACAUUCUGUAUAAAGUGAUUUUUUAAUCAAUUUUUUAAAAUUCACCUUUGUACAUUGAAAAGGGGUUUUCUGCCUUUUCCAUGUUAAUAUACUGUAGAGUUAUAACUCAGAUUCUCUAGACUGUCAGGAUAUUAAAGGUUCACAAAACCUGAAGGUCUUGAGUGAGAGACUCCAGUGAAAUGGUCAUGUAGCUAAAGCCUGGUGUCUCUUCCAGUUCCAUUUUAUCAGUUUCUCAAACUUAUGAUUCCAGUUCCUUCCAUUUUCACAGAGAUCUAAAGGAAAAAGUACUCUUGUAAAAAUGCACUUUUUCUGUCUUUUUCUUAAGCAGAGCUAUUUCAAUGUAUGAUACAAAUGAAGCUCGAUGAAGAGCAUUAAUAAAGGUUAUGUUUUUAAACAUAG